AUGCGGCAGGACCGCCUGGACUACGUUUCCCAGAAGGCUGCUCGCCAACACCGGAAGCGGCGUGUCCCGGGACUCUGGGCAAUGUGGUGGGUUUCUCUGGGGAUUCACCCCGCACGUGCCUUGCAGCCUGGCCCCGCGCCGUCCCGGGACGGCUCCUCGGCCUUUGCCCUCCAGGUGCGUGUCCUCCCCGCCUCGCCUCACGGCGGGGUGUCUCGGCCCCCGGACUGGGCUCCGCGUCAGGGCGUGCCCCAGGGUCCCCGAGCCCCUAGUCCCGGCUCCGGGAGCGGAGUGGAAACGUCCCAGGCCGGCCUCUGGGGCCACCAGCCAAAGAGGAGCGGCAGAGCAGGCCCUCCACGCCGGGGGGGGGGGGGGCGGGGGAGCAGCACCUCGAGCCACUGGCCCGAGCGACGGAGGCAGAGACCGGCUUUCCAGGGCCCACUUCCUGGCCCACCAGCGACCCCUAAGCUCUUCCGCAUGGGAGAGGGGAGGAGCUCCGCCCCGGAACCUCUGGAAGAAGCUUCAGUCCGUCCCACGCCUUACCCCUGUACCCCGGGAGAGACCGCCCAGACAAUAGGGGACUCCCCAGGCAAGUGCCCGGCCCCACCCCUGCCCUUCGGGGAUGGGGGCGGGGGGCGGGGAGAUGGGCCGAACUCUUCCCAACUUGAGGACCCUGAGCCGGCCCCCAAGCCCUGUUUCCCCGCCCCAGCUCCCAGGACGCCCCUUGGACCCGGCAUCCGAGGGGAAGGUGGGAGCCGGGUGGAAGAGGGCGACUCUGACUGGCCCCUUCUGCCCCCUGCCGGAGCCUUUGUCCCUGCAGCCAGCCUCCUGCCCAGGAAGAGGGAGGAAAGAGAGCCAGGCCUGGAGCCGGAGGGAAUGGCCCCGGGGAGCCCCAGCCGGCCGGCCCAGGAGCUGGUGACAUUCCAGGAUGUGGCCGUGGACUUCACCCAGGAGGAGUGGCGCCUCCUGGACCCUACUCAGAAGGAGCUGUACAAGGAGGUCAUGCUGGAGAAUGCUCAGAACAUGUUCUCCCUGGCUUGCCAGAUUGCAGGAUGGCAUAAGAUAAAAGCUCAGAGAAAAGCCUCGGCCCAGAGACGGGAAUUCCAGUUCCCAGAAGAUAUCCGGUCUCUCAUUUGGAGCAAGAAGGCCCAAGGAAUUCCUGUCCAGAGAAUCCACACCGGGGAGAGACCUUAUGCAUGUAAUGAAUGUGGAAAGAGUUUCACAUAUAACUGCAGUCUUUCUGUACAUCUGAGAAGCCACACUGGAGAGAAACCUUAUGAAUGUAAACAAUGUGGGAAGACAUUCACCAGCAGCUCCAGUCUUACUUAUCAUCAGAGAGUCCACACUGGGGCGAAACCUUAUGAGUGUAGUCAGUGUGGAAAGACAUUCACAAGCAGCUCCCAUCUUACUUAUCAUCGGAGAACUCACACUGGGGAGAGACCUUAUGAGUGUAAUCAGUGUGGAAAGGCUUUCAGAAGCAGUUCUAAUCUUGCUGUGCAUCAGAAAAACCACAGUGGAGAGAAACCUUAUCAAUGUAAUCAAUGUGGAAAGGCUUUCAAAAGGAGCUACAAUCUUACUUAUCAUCAAAGAAUCCACACUGGGGAGAAACCUUAUGAAUGUACUCAUUGUGGAAAGACAUUCUCAAGCAGCUCCAGUUUUACUUAUCAUCAGAGAAUACACACUGGGGAAAGACCUUAUGAGUGUAGUCAAUGUGGGAAGACAUUCACCUGCAGCUCCCAUCUUACUUCUCAUCAGAGAAUGCACACUGGGGAGAGACCCUAUGAGUGUAAUCAGUGUGGAAAGUCUUUCAGAAGCAGCUCCCGUCUUACUGAUCAUCAGAGAAUGCACACUGGGGAGAGACCUUAUAAAUGUAAUCAAUGUGGAAAGACAUUCACCAGCAGCUCUAGUCUUAAUUAUCAUCGGAGAAUGCACACAGGAGAGAGACCUUAUGAAUGUAAUCAAUGUGGAAAGACAUUCACCAGCAGCUCCAGUCUUAAUUAUCAUCAGAGAAUGCACACUGGGGAGAGACCUUAUGAAUGUAAACAAUGUGGGAAGACAUUCACGAGCAGCUCCCAUCUUACUUAUCAUCAGAGAAUGCACACUGGGGAGAGACCUUAUGAGUGUAAUCAGUGUGGAAAGUCUUUCAGAAGUAACUCCCAUCUUACUUAUCAUCAGAGAAACCACACUGGAGAGAAAUCUUAGCAAUGUAAUCAAUACAGAGAGAGUUUAUUAAGCAACUACUAUCUUGCUGUACAUCAGAGAAGCCACGCUGAGGAGAAACCUUAUGGAUGUAAUCAAGGAAAAACUUUUACAAGCAGAGCCAGAUGUAUUCGUCAUUGGAGAAUCCACACCAGGGAGUGAGCUUAUGCUUGUAAUGAAUGUGGGAAGUGUUUCACAAAGAACUAUAGUCUUGCAGUACAUCUGAGAAUCCACACUGGAGAGAAACAUUAUGAGUGUUAUCAAAGACUUUCAGAUGUUGCUCCCAUCAUGUUGUACAUCAGAGAAACCACACUGAAGAGAAGCCUUAUAAAUGAAAUCAAUGUGGAAAGGCUUUCAGAAGGAGCCCCUAACCAUCAGGGAAUCCACACUGGGGUGAAACCUUAUGAAUGCAAUCAUUUGAAUGACUUUCAGAUGCUGCUCCCUUCUUCCUGUACAUGAGAGAAUGCACACUGGAGAGAAACCUUAUGAAUUUAAUCAAUGUGGAAAGGUGUUCAUAAGCCCCUAUAAGCUUGGUAUGCUUCAGAGAAUCCACUCUGGAAGGGAACCUGAUCAGUGUAGUCGUUAUGGCAAGAUUUUCACACACCGUUCCAGUCAUACUCAUCAUCAGAGAAUCCACACUGGGGAGAAGCCUUAUGAGUGUCUGGAACGUGGUAAAACUGUUCCGUAAACAUUUUUCCUUUGCUAGACAUCAGAAAAUCCACACUAGAGAAAAAACCUUAUUAAUAUUAUAAUUAAAAUCAAUCCUGGAGACUUUAUAUUAGUUACAAUGAUUUGUUAGUAGAAGAGAGUCUGCCUAGAAGGUCUCCAAGUUGCACUGCUUCUCUCCCCAAGUUCCCUGAGGGCCACCACUGAAUGCUUCUCCAAGUGGCUACUAAUUAGAGAUCAUUCCCCUGUUAAGCUGUAGCCUGAGCCGCUGCUUUGGGCUUCUCUUU